AUUUAACCACCCCGAUUUCGAAUUUCUCCCCUCCCCUCCCCGAACCUUCCAGGCCUCGCUCGCCCGCUCGCCGUCCGACCGGUCCGCCGCCAAGGGAGUCGAGCUCGAGCCCUACGCCGGCGCGCACGCGCUCGCGCGAGGAGAAGAGGGGCUCAGGAUGGCGGCCCUGGAGAUAUACCGGAGCGCCUCCAUCGGCAGGGCCCUCACGGACGCGCUGGGCGAGAUGGUCUCCAGCGGCAAGCUCGACCCCCUGCUCGCCCUCCAGGUCCUCCUGCACUUCGACGAGUCCAUGGGCGCGGCGCUGGAGAAUCUGGUCACCAGCACGGUCCACUUCAAGGGCAAUCUGCGCACCUACAGGUACUGCGACAGCGUGUGGACUUUCAACCUGAAAGACGUGACGUUCAGGAACGGGGACAUUUCAGAGGAUAUUGGCAAGUUGAAGAUCGUGGCAUGCGAUUCCAAUUUGCUGAAGCCUAAAGUGCCUCCACAAGAGUAGUUACUUGCCAGGGGUCCAGCCCUAUAACCAUACUUUUAGACCAGGCGCCUCCCACCCAAAUCAAAUAGUCAUGGAUUCCGGUUAUUGAAUCAUUUCACCUCUCAUUGCUAUCUUUUGUUGGGCUUCAAAGUUGUUGUCAUUGAUGAUCUCACAUUUUUUGUGCCGAUGACAUAAUCUGGUUGGUGACGUGACUGUAAGAGUAGAAUGUGACAUGUUCAUGAUGUUAAAACUUUGUAACGCGAAUUGGGUGCUCCUCCGUAA